AUGAUCAUCGUUUUUGCUAUAAUCAUCGGCUAUGCCAUUUAUCUAUUCGUUGUGAAUUUUCCACAAAUUCUGGAGCUAUGGAGAGUGAACCGAAAAUGUGCACAGAAUCUUAGUAUGGUAAUGGGACCCCCCUCUCUUCCACUAGUGGGAUCCGCUCAUUUGUUCAAAUGGCACCCCUAUGAUUUCACAUUUCAAAUGGAGCAAUGGGCUCAGAAAUAUCUAUUCAGUAGAGCUAAAUAUGGGGAGAUUGCUGCGCCAAACAAUGAGGUUGAUGGGAUAAUGCUGUUGUGGAUUGGUCCUGUGCCAAUUGUCUUUUUGGGGAUGUCAGAAUGUAUUCGACCAGUGCUCGAAAGCAAUACCAACAUCUCCAAACCGAGUCAAUACGACAAAAUGAGCGAAUGGAUUGGCACUGGCCUACUAACAAGCACCCACGAGAAAUGGUUCCAUAGACGAAAGAUGCUGACACCGACAUUCCAUUUCAGUAUCAUUCAAGAUUAUUUCCCAAUUUUUGCUAGACACGCAGAAGUUCUUGUCGAGGCAGUGGAGCCACAUGUGGAUGGCGAUUUCUUUGAUGGUUUCCCGUAUUUCAAGAGAUGUACACUGGAUAUUAUUUGUGAAACUGCUAUGGGAAUUCAAGUGAACGCCCAACUCGGCCAGAAUAACGAAUAUGUUCAUGCAGUGAAAAGAAUCUCAGAGAUCACUUGGAAUCAUAUGAAGUUCCCAUGGCUUUGGUUGAAACCAAUUUGGUACUUGACGGGUCUUGGAUUUGAGUUUGAUCGAAAUGUGAAAUUGACCAAUGAUUUUGUGAGAAUGGUUAUCCAUGAUCGAAAAGAGUUGCUGAAAGAGGAGAAUGAGGAGAAUAGCAGGAAAAGAAAAGCAUUUUUGGAUCUUCUCCUUACAAUUCAAAAAGAAAAAGGAACACUGUCAGAUGAAGAUAUUCGUGAAGAAGUGGACACUUUCAUGUUCGAAGGGCAUGACACCACGUCAAGUGGAAUCGGAUUCACGAUUCUCUGGCUCGGCUUCAAUCCAGAGUGUCAGAAGAAACUCCAUCAAGAACUCGAUGAAGUUUUUGGAUUCGCCUCUGAUCAAACUCCAACCAUGGAUGAUAUCAAAAAGUGUAGCUAUCUGGAAAAGUGUAUCAAGGAAUCGCUAAGAAUGUUCCCAUCGGUUCCUCUAAUUGCACGUCGUCUAUCAGAAGACGUCACGAUUGACCACCCCAGCGGCCAAAAAAUAGUCCUCCCGGCAGGCCUAGCCGCAUGUGUCUCCCCCAUCGCGGCCGCCCGUGAUCCACGUGCCUACCCGGACCCGGACCGCUUCAACCCCAACAACUUUGACAUCGACGCAAUAGCUGGAAGAGAUCCCUACGCAUAUAUUCCAUUCUCAGCUGGCCCUCGAAACUGCAUCGGUCAGAAGUUUGCAAUCCUUGAAGAGAAAACAGUGUUAUCCACAUUUUUCCGAAAAUUCGAGGUGGAAAGUUUGCAAACCGAAGAGAACCUUCGGCCGAUUCCAGAGCUGAUUUUGAGACCCUAUAACGGAAUUCGAAUCAAAAUUAAACGACGGGAAGCCGAUUUUGUAGUUUAUUGA